AGAAAACAGAAAUCUAUCAAGUAUUUAAUGUCUUGAUGGGACAAUUCAAGUAGCAUAGUUGUUAGACGUCAUACCAUAUUAAGCAUUUGGAUUUGAUGUGUUAUUAUAGAAACCACAGAAACGAAACAGACUAAUGGACCACAUUUAUUAUAUUCUAUGGCGGAGAAAGGUAGCUGCUCCGAUACGGCGUCGCAUGGGACCGUUUUGCUUCUUCAAGCUUCCCGCCACCGUCUCGUAUGCACAUAAAAAGGUUUAUUUUGGAAUCUUCCUAUGAUAUGAACCCACCAAUGAACUUAGGUUGACGUAAGCUCUAUUGAAGCCCACACUGAAGCCCAUCUUAUGAUUCAUUAAGAAGCUUAUGUAACUAUGUAACUAGGGUUUUAUAAACCACUAUAUAUGUCAUUAGAGUGCUUGCUAGUAGGUAACUUUGGCUGCCAUAGUUGCAGCCACAUUAAAACAUCUUUUAUGAUAUCAAUCCAUCUUCUUAGCUCUUGGUGACAAUCUAAAGUCUUUCCCUUUCUUACUCUUUAUAUUUCAAUAAAGCUCAUUGAGCUAUCUCUAGUUUAUGUUUCAAUAAAGUCCUUUGGACACAAAUCUAUCUUGUUCUACAAACGUUCACAUGGUAUCAGAGCUUCAGUCGGUUCAUGGGUUUAUAAUCUCACCAGUAUCUAUACAUAUCCUCUCUCUGCGCUUUACUACAUCAAAUGAGUUGAAGGUUGAAGCUUUCCAUCUCAAAAUGGCACCUUUCAGACAGUAAAAGAAAAACCAGACCAGAUGCAACCAGAUCGAGGUUUUUCAAGCUCAGCUUGCAAGUGGGUUAUCUACAUCAGAACGUGGGUUAUAUGCAAGUCUGUCCAGGUAAUCAUCAAGCUUUCUCCAUCCCUAAAGCUUGGUAAAGUGACCUUUUCGGCAAUGGAGAAGUCAGAGAAGAGACACGCCUUGGUAAAGCAAAAUUGGUGUAUUGGUGAAGCUGUUUGAAGAGGAUAAUGACUUUUCAAACAGAACCAGUGGUUUCUCCAAGUCACAUGUCAUGUUUCUUCUCACGGUAAUAUCUCUGUACUUUCAUUCGAGGCUGAAAAUAGAUAGCUUGGGAACUGGAAACAUAUCGCUGGCUAGGUAUUGGGAUGUGACUGGAUUGGUUUGGAAAUUUGCGAUAGGAUAGUGGUGGGUUUGAGAUUAAUGGCAGCAAGUUUCUGUUUUUGAUGAGUGCACACAAGAUGUUUGGUUAAAUGUCUAAGAGAGAAACAGAUUGUGAAAAUGAAGAGUUUUGGUGGCAAAUAGAUAGGAAACAGAGAGUUGAGGUUUUGGGCUGUUGUAGGAUGGAUCUCUUUGGCUGUGAGAUAGCUUAGUCUAGUUAGGAGGAUCAAAAAAAAAAAAAAAAAUCCUCAACUUGUUGUGAGACAAAUAGGUCAAAAGAACCUGAAGAUGUUCUCACACUCAUGCUAUUCUCCAAGCUGAAUAGUCAUCUACCUACUUCCUAUAGACCUUCAACUACUCAUGAUCCUUUUCAAAGCCAGCUCCAUCUGCAUCUUCAAACUUGGUUCAGCUGCUUGAUUCACCACCCGAUGCCAAGUUUGCGGGAGGAUAUUGAAGCCCACACUGAAGCCCAUCUUAUGAUUCAUUAAGAAGCUUAUGUAACUAUGUAACUAGGGUUUUAUAAACCACUAUAUAUGUCAUUAGAGUGCUUGCUAGUAGGUAACUUUGGCUGCCAUAGUUGCAGCCACAUUAAAACAUCUUUUAUGAUAUCAAUCCAUCUUCUUAGCUCUUGGUGACAAUCUAAAGUCUUUCCCUUUCUUACUCUUUAUAUUUCAAUAAAGCUCAUUGAGCUAUCUCUAGUUUAUGUUUCAAUAAAGUCCUUUGGACACAAAUCUAUCUUGUUUCACCAAUACACCAAUUUUGCUUUACCAAGGCACGAGUCUCCUUCUCUCUUCUAUCCCGCCGUUGUCUAGUUCUUCAACUUGCGAGGAGAUCGAAAUGGCAACAGUUCCAGGACAGCUGGUGUGGGAGAUCGUGAAAAGAAACAACUGUUUCUUGGUGAAACAGUUCGGUAGAGGCAAUGCCAAGGUUCAGUUCAGCAAGGAGAGCAACAACCUCUGCAACCUCAACUCUUACAAGCACUCUAAUGACAUAUAUAGUGGUUUAUAAAACCCUAGUUACAUAGUUACAUAAGCUUCUUAAUGAAUCAUAAGAUGGGCUUCAGUGUGGGCUUCAAUAAGCUCCACUCUUCCCGACUUUAACUCUAGAACUUGCAAGUCUUGUUGAAUAAUGAUUUCACGUGAAUGAAAGGUAAUUCUCUAUUAGUUUCUACGACCAUGCAUCUACAUAUUUUUCGUCGGUUAACUUAAUUACAUGUCUCUGCGCGCUAAAUUAAGUAGUGGAACGAAUAUAUAUAAACUAUUUGAACUAAAUAAAAAACUUGAAUAUGGAAAACUAGAAAUUAUAAUAUAACUCAAUUACAAAUAUCUCACUCAUAUUUUAGGUUUAUUCUUAAAUUGUAACUUGUAGAUUCUGUUCUCGAGUAAGGGUUUUGGUCAAAUUUUCCAAACAUGCAUAUGGAAAAUGGAACCGAGGAAAAAAUAAUAUACAUAAUGUACCGCAUUUGUAUGUCUAUAAACACCAAUACAUGUCAACUAUAGCUUCACGCUGCUUCUCUCGGCUACACAAAGAUCUGGCUUUGAUCAGAUUAUCAAGAGCUCAUUGGAGAAAUCUCGACGAACAGUUGCCCUAUUGAACUCUUUGGAGUUCUCUCCGGCAUCUCUUCGUUAUCUUCUUCCUUAGUUUUCCGUCGGUUUUCUUAUUUUCAAAGAACUUCAAGUGGGCUUACACUCUCUAGUCAAAGCCUGUCUCUGUACUCACUCUGGUUUGGGCUCUCUAGUAUGAGACCCCUUUGCCAAACAGAAAAAAAUCAACUAGCUGCUUUACCACAAUACAAGAGUGAAAAGAGGUAACACAUUCUAGAUCGAGAGACAACGAUCAGGGUCUCUGUUGGUUUUAGAAGAUCUUGCAUGAAGGAAUAGAGAGUGGAACUGAGCCAAGCUAAAUAGGUUAUUAAGUUAGUGUUGCUCAAAAAAAGACAAUGAGUAGUAAAUCAGUUCUAAUUAGAUACUUAUGGCUCUAACAACCAAUGACCCAUCUAUUCAAAAGUAAACUAGAGUUUUAAAUAUUGGGCCUUACCGUUAGGACAAUUGUACUGAUUCUGGUUGGGCGUAGGAAGGAUGCUAGUACUGAUUCUGGUUGGGCGUAGAAUCCUUGAACUCACAAAACAUAUAUAUUAUUAGCCUUCAUAUUUUAAACAUGUAUGAUACAAAUCUCUUGUGAUCCUGAAAUUGAUAGACGAAGUGACGAAGAGCUGAUUAGAAAAAUGAGGAAAAAAUCAAGAUGGAUGAUCUUGUUCUACUAGUACCAGCUGUGGAUUUUUGUUUUGCGCCAUUCAAUUAUGACAAUGGGUUAUAGAUAAUGUUUUCAAUCCCAAGCUAACAUAUGGUUGUUCCGACAUACGAUGUAUAAAUAUUAUUGGUUCAUAUUAGUUUGUGGUUAGUGGUUACUUGUUUACGAUUUAUGUAGGUAAGUAUUAUGUAUAUACUUUUUGCUUAAAUAUUCUUUUGUGCUACAAACAAUAAAGUACUUGCCAAAUUGACAAACCAAAUAAAAUCCAACUAUAAUUGUAACUUUUGGUAGUCUUUAUCUAAAAUUUUCACCUAUACAUGUUUUUAGCUUAAUUUUUACAACAAAUUAACGCCGAAAUUCAUAAAAUUAACGAAGAGAAGAAAUGUGCAUGAGGAAGUCCAUCGAAUAUCGUGAAACUUAGAUGAUAAGAGAUUGUUUUCCCAAAUUAUUCAUCAUAAAAUUAGCUCAGUCCAACGAAUACAAUCUGUAGCAAAGCGAAUACAGUCAUUGUAAUCAAUCAAAGUACGUGAAAACACCGUGGCCUAGUGGUCAAGGUUUAAAGACUUCCAUAUCUAGGUCUAGGGUUUAAAUUCCAGACAACGCAAUUUCUACAUAAAGAGAUAUGGGUUUCAAUUCCCGGAGAAGACGAAUUAUGCAGAAAAUUAAAAAAAAUAUUUACAAGAGAUAGGGCUACUCAGGGUGAUACAGUCAGGCGUGAAUCCUCAUAAAGCAUGUAAAAUUGUCGCCUGUAAUAUCUUCUAUGUAAUGUUUCUCUGUUGUAAUAGCAUAAUUAACCAGACAAAAAAAAUCAAUCAAAGUAUUUUUAUUUACAUUAAAUAAUUGAGCAAAAUAAUUUGCAAUCCGGUUUGAUUCCAUCUUUGAUAUGAUCUUACAUAUAUUCAGUUUUAAUGACAUUGAUUGAAAAUAUAUAUGUUGAGAUUAUGAAAAGAGAAGUGAACCAACAAACCUGCCCAUGUGGAGAAAACGAAGAUAAGAUGGCCGGUUGCAUGUUCCCCUAAACUCAAUCUCAAUGUUUUGUCUUCUUUCAACAUAUCUCCUCUUUUCAUGCCCACCUUUCUCCCUUUCAUACUCUUUCUCUUAUUUCAUUAGAUUGUGUUGAACCCUAAUACACAAUAUGGUUAAGUUAAAUCAUUCAUUAUGGGUAGAAAACAAAUAAUAUAAAUCAACAGCUGUGUUUACCGCGUUCAUAAAUAAGGAAUUUCGAAUUGUAUACACGUGUGCAUGCUGUUCCUUUCCAUACCACAUUCGAAUGUUGUGACUAAUUUAUUGAAUAAAACAAUUUCUGAAAAGAAUAUCACCGAAAUUUUUUGAAAGGAUUAAUUAAGUUUUUGAAACUUUCCUAGUUCUUAAUGGACUUUUUAUCUGUCAAAGUUUGAUAUUUAUAAAAAUAAAAAUAAACAAAAGAUUUAAAAGAUUUGUUAUUUAGUAGCCCAUAAUAUAAUAGAUUAGACAAUGACAAUAAAAGAUUUAUGUCCAAAGUUAUAAUUUCCAUAAAAUUAUAGUUCCUUGGAGUAUUCAAAGCAAGCCAUGCAAAUCCCAAUGUCAAUGAACCAAGAAAAUCAAGACCAGAUUCAUCUCCUCUUAAUUCACUUCCUUUUUAUUUACUUCACCUCUUUCUUCUUUUUCUUCUCUAUAUAAACCUAUUCAGAUCCUUUUCUCCUUCAUCGCAAUUCUUACAUUUGCUCUCUCCCUUCCAUCACCCACAAAAGGGUUUUUUUUUUGGCACCCGAAGUGAUAAACCUUAAAACCAUAAAACCACAAAGGUUCUUUAUCGUUGAUCACUAAUAUAAACCCUAUGGCAGAAUUCAAGAGAAAGUUCAACAAAGGCCAUGCUUUUACAAGCAAAUGUGUUUCCUUGGUGAAGGAACAACGAGCUCGUCUCUAUAUUCUCCGCCGUUGCGCUACCAUGCUUUGCUGCUGGUACAUCCAUGGCGAUGAAUAGAGAGAGCCCCCUUGAGUUCAUCUUUCAAAUUACAUAUAGCUAUAUAUAUGUGUGUGUAUAUAUAUAUGCCUCUCCUCCCCAUCUCUUCUUCUUGAAUCCAUGUUGGUAUUGGUGGUUGCAUGGCGUGAUCCCUCUCCAUAAAUAUUUUGAUUCUCUCUUCUAUUGGUGCAACCCUGCUUAAUCUCCUCUUUUUUAACCUAAAGAGUGAAUCUUUUGGGGUUUUUUUUUCAUGAGUUAUUUGCAUGAGCCAAAAUAGAGAGAGACUUUACCCGCCGAUUGAGCUGACGGAGUUUUUACUGUUUCUGGAACAUAAGGAGGGAGAGAAGCCAUGGAUGAUGUUAUGUGGGAAAAGGAGUUCAUACUAUCAAAUCUUCUGGAAGUUUUGGGGUUUAGUUUCGUUUUGAGUUGACCAAAGUCUCUUUUGGUUUCAUCUAUUUAUGACCAAAGAUCUUCUUGUUUAAUUUUAGCAUCUGGUUGUAACCAAUGCGAGAAUAAUAUAAAAGAAUAAAACUUUUGAUUUUGGCUAUUUA